AUGGUUCGCUGCCGAGGAAAAUAUGCCAACUGUGGAGCCAAUGAGUUGCAGAAGUUCAAAGAAGAAGUGAUUCAAAAAUAUCUUGGUGUCCCAAAGGAACGCUUUGGAAAUUCGCCGAGAGAAUCCGACCUGGAGGUAGAAGACAUCCCAGGACUUGUUCCGAUGGCAUCGCGCCGAUCACGUUUGAGCGACCGCCGGAGCUCCCUCCCCGAUCUCACGGCUCCAAGGUGUGACCCAAGCCUGGAUUGGAAAGAGCCGUCGUACCAAACGUACUCUCGAAAGAGUUCCCCAGAGGAGUGUACAGGUGCCACUGGGGCCACACUCAGCAAUGCCUCCAAGGGAACCAAUGUGCCUAGCCCCGCGACCACAUCACCCGGAACGGCAGGAACCGGAGGAGCUGGGUUGACGCAACGCUUCUGGAACUACUUCAGAAAGCCUGGCAGAAAGGUUGAAAGCAGCGAAACGAAUUGCUUUGUGCUUCCCGCCGAAGCGCCGCGGGAACCCGCCGGAACUCGUACCGCCGGAAUUGGCGUACGUGGCGAUGGUUCCUCGUGGGCUAAGCGCAAGGUGCUGGCGUCCUGGCGUUGAGUUGGGCAGCGAAAAUAUGCGAAGCUAAGCCUCGGAUUUGCUGGAAAGCUAGGGAAGAUCUACAGGGAAUUCGGUGGAAAAACCAGGAAUCUAUAUGGACCACCCAUUUCAGCAAGGUUGCAUCCAUGCAACCUUGGCGUUAAGCAAAUCCAGGAUGACUUUGGUCAAGUCAAGGCAUG